ACAAACAACUUUUACUGAAAAAAAAGUUGGGGGAAUGCAAGAUAGAAAUCCAAAGAUAAAAAUCAAGCGAACGGAGUGACUGUUGAUUCAAGUUCUCAAUUAGUUAACAGUGAAGUUUUACAACUGAACUUUAUUUUCGGGAUUUUCAAUUAGUAUCAUCAAUCGGAUAGAAUGAUGUCUUUCACGAAGCUUGUUUUGCUGUUAACUGUAUGUUGCACUGCAAGAAGCAACUUUGGCUACAGACUAUACAAAAUAAACAAAAACUAUUCUUGCAACGACGAGCUGCUUUCCGAAGCGAUGAAGGAUGAACCUCCAGAAAACUCCUCACUGAAGGACAGACGUUUUGACUACCUACCAACUGAUGCAUCUGCAUUUGCUGAAGAAAAAGAGAAAAGGACAUUGCCAUUUGCUCGAUAUAAGUAUCUCAACCGAACACAAUUGAAAAGAAAAAUGUACCAGAAUAAUGCAAGGAACAAUCGUCGAACCAAGUUUACUCUGUCCCUAGAUGUGCCCACGAACAUUCUUAAUAUUCUUUUAAACAUUGCAAAAGCUAAAAGCCUGAGAGCAAAGGCAGCAGCAAAUGCUCGUCUGAUGGCACAAAUUGGUCGAAGAAAGUAGAUUUGUAGAUAUUUAAAUUUUAAGAUAUUUCCAUGUCAGCAUGAAACUGCAGCUAUAUGCUUAUGGCCAGAAUUUGUUAUCACUAAAUAAAUCCAUUUGGCAGGUAACAUGAAAUGUUAGGACCACUUUAUGAAUCAACAGAAAAUGAGAAUUUACACAGUAGCUGGAAAUGGUUUGAUAAAUAUCAUAAACUUUCACCAUAAAACUGACCCUUUGAUACAGGAAAUCGGGAGCUUUUCUGAAAAGUUUGAUUUUAUGAAAUCAGUCAAACUUAUAUAUGAAAAUACAUUAAUUAUACAGUAAUGUUAGGCCCUUUUAGUGAAUGACUUAAUAAGUUAGGCACAAUGAACCCUGAUGACAGGAAGCCACUUCGCAUUUCUUCCCUUCAUUUAGAAUUCCAUUAAUUCAGUUUUCACUUAGACUGCAAUUUUGUAAGGCUAUUUGAAAUGAUAGAUGAAAAUGACCAAUAUCCACCUAGUUCGGAAUUAACAUCCUGGGAGUUAAUGCAAAUAUAAUUUUUGACUACUUGCAGCAAUCAAGCUCUAUUAAUUAUUCUACCACAGAUACAUCAAUGACAAAUAAAACUCCACUGAUAGAGACAUUGGGAAACAUGGGACAAAAAUGAAAAUCUUAGAACCAAGUAUGUUAAGCUUAAUCACAUGUAAUUGUUUUAUUAGAUUUUCUAACCUUAUAUAUUGUGUCAGUAACCUGGAGAAAGGUAAUGCAGAUUAUGAGUUGUUCUGCCGAAGGGGUGGAUCUAACAACCACAGACUAGGCUUUCCUAUUCACUUCUUGCUGAUCAGGACAGGUAGGGAAGAAAAUUGUUUGUCUUUGUUUACUCACUUACCCCAUUUUCAGCUGCCUGUGUCCAGAAGCUUUCAGAACAUUUUCUUAGAAAUAGACAUGCAUUUCAAGAGAUGAUGCAAAUUAGAGAAAUACAUCCUUUGGCAUAUUUCCUGCCGUGUACAGCUUUGCAGUACUGGACUUUGCAUACUUAUUAAAAUAAUUUGCAUGCCUAUCAAAUCCUGCGCCCAGCAUUUCUAUGGCCGCAAAUAGAUCUUUUAGCAACACCUUGUAAUAUUUAUCAGUGGUAAGGCCAAUGCAAUUCCUAGCCGGGGCAUGAUGGACAAAAUGUUGUUUUACUGACAGCUCAGGGAUUCAGCAGCACUAUAUUGCAUUCUUAUGUUUCUACUGAUAUGUUAGCAUAUUAAUGAGUGUACCAUUACAUAGAAUAUGCAGCACAGGAAUAGGCCAUUAUGUCCAAAUUGCAUAUGUCCAUGCUAUAUCCUACAUAAGCCUUCUCUCACCCUUCUUCAUAUCAUCCUGUCAGCAGAACUUUCUACUCCUUUUCCUAAUUUAUCCUCUUAAAUGCAUCCAUGCUCUGAGCUGCCAGUGACAAGGAAUUUGGUUCAGUUGUGCCUCUAUCUAAAGUCAGCAAGAAAGCACACAUUUAAAUGUUAUUUUUGAGUUGGAUCAGAUCUUAUCUAAUGUUUAGAUUUCCUCUCCCUCCAAUGUUAGCUAUCAUCCAAUUGAUACCUCACUUAGUUAGGAGGUAGAAGGAUGUGGGCUGCUCCUCUUGCUCCAGCACUUAAGUAUAUAACCUACGUAUAUCUUUAAUAAUUUUUGCUCUCUCCAACCUGUCCCUCCCAGUUGAAGAAUCCAUUGUAAGUAGAUUAGUAAUCUCAGAAUCCCCAUCAAAAUUAUUCAUAUAUUCAAAGUCUUGACAGUGGAAAGUAUUUAAUGCUUGUUAAGCAAAUAGAUUUUUAUUUACAGAUAUCAGUGAAAUACAAGGUAAAUUCAGAUACACAAACUGUCAAAUUUAAUAACCUAGCUACAUGUUGACAAUUGACACUUUAAGUCAAUUCAGUGAAUUCUGUAUAUGUUCAACACAAAAUAGUAAAACUCUGGAGCAAUCAGAUUCUCUUCAGUCUCCAAAUCUCACUGUCCAAAUUAUUUUCUCGACUUACUGAAAAGUAUCUGAACUCGAGACGUCCAUAAACCCCAGUAAGAGAACCACUUCUCAGGCUAACAGACUAUUCAGUUAACUGCUUUAAGGCCUCUUCCAAAUACAGGGCAACCUCGAUUAUCUGAACGACACAGGCGGGGAGUAUUUUGUUCAGAUAAUGAAUGUUCAGAUAACACAGUUACUCAAGCACCAGAACCUUGAGAUCUUGUUCAGAUAAUCCGAAAUUCAGAUAAUCGAUGUUCAGAUAACCAAGGUUGUUUUGUUCUACUUCAUCAAUUGCUGAAAAGAGCUCUUACGAUAAAAGCUGAAAGAGUAGAUUUUCUUGUUUCCAUUUCUGUUUGUACAAGUAGCCAUUUUCCACUGAGUUUAUCCACUAAGCACAAUCUCAUUACUUAAGAGAAUUUAAAGCUUUUACUUACAAUUAACUAUUAAAUUGUCCAAUCCUUUGAUUGUGUUUAUAGAAAUAAAACUGGGCUUACUUAGGUGCUCAUAUUUACAGCCUCAGUAUGCUCCUGCCAUACAAUGUCCUUUUGUUCAUAUGAGUUUAAUCAGUUCAUAGUUAUGUCACUAUUUUGCUUACAUAACUUGGUCUCAUUAUGUGGCCAACACUGGUUAAAAUAUUUAUGCCAAAUGCAAUUCAAUAAUUUAUUGUGGCAUGAUUUGAACUCUUUGGCCCCAAUUACAUGGUGACGGUUUGGGAAAAAACUGACAAAGCUGGGGAAUGAUAAAAUCAUGCUGAAUUUUUGUAUUUUUACUGUUUUCUGUCAAUAAGGCCUCUUGCUUCAGAAAAACCAGUGACAGGAAACCAGAAAUUCCCAGAGACCAUGCUCCAGAAUUUAUGACCAUGAAAUAAACUGCAGAUCAAUGCUUAGCUGUGGAGAAUUGGAUUGUAGAUUGGCUGCAGUUUGGGAUUGGGACAGAUAGUUGGACCAUAUGACAGAUUGCAGAUCAUGGUGAUGGUUGUGGAUGUGAAUUCAUUUAUAAUGGCAGUGGG